AGCCAGUGGAAAAGCCUAACAGAUGAGAGAAAGAGAAUAGAGAUAAACCCCGCCAAAUGUUCAAUGGCAACUCUUUUCCAAUUACACGCUCCCGCUCCUAUCUCUUAUACUCUCGCUAAAACCCUAAACCCCAUUUUCCCAUUCCAUAACACUAUUCCCUUCUCCCCUCCGAUUCUUUGCGCGCUUUCUCGCCGAAAAUCUUUCUCAGUUCCUCGCCGGAGCCUCCCCCCCUCCGUCCUACGGUAUUGUGCCGGCAAAUCCUCAGGAAGUGUCGAUGACGAAGAAGGAUCGGAGGAGUUCGACCAACUCGACUAUUCCGACAACGAUGACGUUGAUGUCAACGCGCUCGAGCAAGAAGCGAAGGACGCAGUCCAAGCGUAUUCAAGCUCUCUGUCUCAGAUUUUGAGUAUUGAAGAUGAGAAAAAUGAUCGCGAGGAAACAGCUCAAUCUCACAAGAGGAGUAAACAGAGAAAAAAAAUUCAGAUCCCUGACAAUCUUCUCCCAAGGGUUGCAAUUGUUGGAAGGCCAAAUGUCGGCAAAUCAGCGCUGUUUAAUCGUCUUGUUGGGGGAAACAAGGCAAUUGUGGUAGAUGAACCUGGGGUUACCAGGGAUCGUUUAUAUGGUAGGUCAUAUUGGGGAGAGCAUGAAUUCAUGGUAGUGGACACAGGUGGGGUUCUCACUGUUUCAAAAUCACAAUCUUCUGUUAUGGAAGAGCUGGCUAUUUCUACUACCAUUGGUAUGGAUGGUAUUCCACUUGCCUCAAGAGAGGCAGCAAUUGCCAGGAUGCCUUCAAUGAUUGAGAAACAGGCAAUUGCAGCUGUGGAAGAAUCAUCUGUUAUUAUAUUCCUGGUUGAUGGUCAGGCAGGUCUAACGGCAGCCGAUGUGGAGAUUGCUGAUUGGCUGCGAAAAAACUAUUCAAAUAAAUGUGUCAUUCUUGCAGUUAACAAGUGUGAAUCUCCACGGAAAAGAAUUAUGCAAGUGUCCGAAUUUUGGUCCCUUGGGUUUGAACCAAUUCCAGUAUCAGCUAUAACAGGGACUGGAACUGGAGAUCUUCUUGACCUUGCUUGUUCAGGGCUACAGAAAGUUGAGGAACCGGAGAAUAUUGAUGAAGAAGAUUAUGUUCCUGCAAUUUCAAUUGUUGGUAGACCAAAUGUUGGCAAAAGUAGCAUUUUGAAUGCACUGGUUGGUGAGGACAGAACAAUAGUCAGCCCUGUCAGUGGCACUACACGUGAUGCUAUUGAUACUGAAUUCACUGGAGCAGAUGGUCAGAAAUUCCGUCUUAUUGACACUGCUGGAAUAAGGAAAAGAGCAUCUGUAGCCUCAGCUGGCAGUACAACAGAAGCUUUGUCAGUGAAUCGAGCAUUUCGUGCUAUUCGUCGUUCUGAUGUCGUUGCUCUUGUCAUUGAGGCCAUGGCUUGUAUCACAGAACAGGACUACAAGAUAGCUGAAAGGAUAGAAAAAGAAGGGAAAGGUUGUGUGAUAGUUGUAAACAAGUGGGAUACUAUACCAAAUAAAAACCAGCAGACCGCAGCGUACUAUGAGCAAGAUGUCAGGGAGAAGCUGCGCAAACUUGACUGGGCUCCAAUUGUUUAUUCUACUGCAAUAGCUGGUCAUAGUGUCGACAAGAUUAUUGAUGCUGCAAGUGAAGUUGAGAAGGAGAGAUCAAGAAGACUUGGUACUUCUAUAUUGAAUCAAGUAGUGCAGGAAGCAGUAGCUUUUAAGCCUCCUCCCAGGACAAGAGGUGGAAAAAGAGGCCGUGUUUACUAUUGCACUCAGGCUGCUAUAAGGCCGCCUACGUUUGUGUUCUUUGUCAAUGAUGCUAAACUUUUUCCUGAGACUUUCCGGCGCUAUGUGGAGAAGCAACUGCGUUCAGAUGCAGGCUUUUAUGGUACACCCAUUCGGCUUAUGUGGCGGAGCAGAAGGAAAAUGGGAAAAGAUGAAGGCAAAGCCGUGACAAGGACCCAAGAUAAUCUUACGUCACGAGAUCAAAAAUUGGUAUCAACUACACCAUAGGAUCAGACAUUUUAUCAAUGGAAGAACUGGCUGAUUCUUUGUGUUGAAAAAAGUGAAGGGACAUUUUAUUAGGGAUUACUAAAUGCUUGUCUUCCCUGAAAAAUUUCAAGGUUAGUAAAAGCUCCACAAGGACCGGAUUUAUGCCUAAGGUUUGGAUGAGAAUCUGACAUUUACACUAUAUAGGGAUCGUGAUGUUUCUGUAAUUCUUUAGUAAGCACUUUUAAGUUUGUAGUUAUGAGGUUCUAGCACAUUCAUUGUAAAUAACUACAUUGUAAAUUUAUAAGUUAUUGGAAUUCUAAUU